UUCACGUCAUUCGUUGUUAGUCUCUGGUGGGAUACUUGCCAAGCUAAUAAUUAUAAAAAACGUGAUUCAUCAAAUCUAUUUUGUACUUCAAUCAAGUAAUUAAUUUGCAAAUUAAAAUGCAGAUCUUCGUGAAAACUCUUACGGGAAAAACAAUAACUUUAGAGGUUGAAGCUUCUGACACCAUCGAAAAUGUCAAAGCCAAGAUUCAGGACAAAGAGGGAAUUCCUCCGGAUCAGCAGCGUUUAAUCUUCGCUGGUAAACAACUGGAAGAUGGUCGCACCCUCUCCGACUACAACAUCCAGAAGGAAUCUACCCUUCACUUGGUGUUACGUCUUCGUGGUGGUAUGCAGAUCUUUGUCAAGACAUUGACUGGAAAGACAAUCACUCUGGAAGUAGAGGCCUCAGACACUAUUGAAAACGUAAAGGCCAAGAUUCAAGACAAAGAAGGAAUUCCUCCAGAUCAGCAGCGUCUCAUCUUCGCUGGUAAACAACUUGAGGACGGAAGAACUCUUUCUGACUACAACAUCCAGAAAGAAUCUACCCUUCACUUGGUCUUGCGUCUUCGUGGUGGUAUGCAAAUUUUUGUUAAAACUUUGACUGGAAAAACUAUCACCUUGGAAGUUGAAGCUUCUGAUACGAUCGAAAACGUCAAGGCUAAAAUUCAGGACAAAGAAGGAAUUCCUCCAGAUCAGCAGCGUCUUAUUUUCGCUGGUAAACAACUUGAAGAUGGACGUACCCUGUCUGAUUACAAUAUCCAGAAAGAGUCAACUCUUCAUUUAGUGCUCCGACUUCGAGGUGGUAUGCAAAUUUUCGUUAAAACACUUACUGGAAAAACGAUAACAUUAGAAGUUGAGGCUUCUGAUACUAUCGAAAAUGUAAAAGCUAAGAUCCAAGAUAAGGAAGGUAUCCCACCAGACCAACAACGUCUCAUCUUCGCUGGUAAACAACUUGAAGAUGGACGCACCCUUUCUGACUAUAACAUCCAAAAAGAGUCAACACUUCACUUGGUCUUGCGUCUUCGUGGAGGUAUGCAAAUUUUCGUAAAAACCCUCACUGGUAAAACUAUCACUCUCGAGGUUGAAGCAUCGGACACCAUUGAAAACGUAAAGGCUAAAAUCCAGGACAAAGAAGGAAUUCCACCAGAUCAGCAGCGUCUCAUCUUUGCUGGUAAACAACUUGAAGACGGUAGAACUCUUUCAGAUUACAACAUCCAAAAGGAGUCAACGCUUCAUUUAGUAUUGCGUCUUCGUGGUGGUAUGCAGAUUUUUGUCAAGACAUUGACUGGAAAAACUAUCACCCUCGAAGUCGAAGCCUCUGAUACCAUUGAAAAUGUUAAAGCCAAGAUUCAAGAUAAGGAGGGUAUUCCACCAGACCAACAACGUCUUAUCUUCGCUGGUAAACAACUCGAGGAUGGAAGAACUCUUUCAGAUUAUAACAUUCAGAAAGAGUCAACACUCCAUUUAGUUUUGCGUCUACGUGGUGGUAUGCAAAUCUUCGUGAAGACUCUUACCGGUAAAACAAUCACCUUGGAGGUCGAAGCUUCUGAUACCAUCGAGAACGUCAAGGCCAAGAUUCAAGAUAAGGAGGGUAUUCCACCAGACCAACAACGUCUUAUCUUCGCUGGUAAACAACUCGAGGAUGGAAGAACUCUUUCUGAUUACAACAUUCAGAAAGAGUCAACACUUCAUCUAGUAUUGCGUCUUCGUGGUGGUAUGCAGAUCUUCGUUAAAACUCUUACGGGUAAAACGAUCACUCUCGAAGUUGAAGCAUCCGAUACCAUUGAAAACGUCAAAGCUAAAAUCCAGGACAAAGAAGGAAUUCCGCCAGAUCAGCAGCGUCUCAUUUUUGCUGGUAAACAACUCGAAGACGGACGAACUCUUUCUGACUACAACAUUCAGAAAGAAUCAACACUUCACUUGGUGUUGCGUCUUCGUGGUGGUAUGCAGAUCUUUGUCAAGACUUUGACUGGAAAAACCAUCACCCUCGAAGUUGAAGCAUCUGACACCAUUGAAAACGUUAAAGCCAAGAUUCAGGACAAAGAGGGGAUUCCACCUGACCAGCAGCGUCUGAUCUUCGCAGGUAAGCAGCUUGAAGAUGGUCGCACCCUCUCGGACUACAACAUCCAGAAAGAAUCUACCCUUCACUUGGUCUUGCGUCUUCGUGGUGGUUUUUAAUUGUCAUUUAAUCAGUUUACCAGUAGAUAAAAUAGUCCUACUAGAAUACACUUUUUUCUUAAUUAUAAAUUUAUUAUUCAUUCCAGGUUUAUAUUCUUUAUUCACGUUUUAUUUUAUAUUGCAGUCUCUUGAGUAGAUGCAUUGUAACCUACUGGUACAAUUAAUAAAUAAUAUCUGCAUUCA